AUGGGCCCCUGUACCGCCUCCCCAUGCUGCUGCCAGGCCCGUAAUCUGCCAUGGGCCCCCGUACCGACUCCUCAUGCUGCUGCCAGGCCCGUAAUCUGUCAUGGGCCCCUGUACCGCCUCCUCAUGCUGCUGCCAGGUCCAGAGUGUGUCAUGGGUCCCUGUACGGCCUCCCAUUGCUGCUGUCUCUAUCGCCACACUCUGCCAUGUGCCACUUUCAGGUCUCCUCACACUGCUGGUGGUUUCCAUUUUUGUCAUAGGGUGCUGUAUGGUCUCCCAUUGCUGCUGCCUCCACCGCCACACUGUGGCUCCACACUCUGGUUUUGGCCCCGUGACUGCCCAAAUGAGUGAAGUGUGCGGUGAUUCUAAGAUCGACGGCACUCAUCUGCAUGUCAUACUGACUGACAGUAUUAUUUCUCUUCCCCAGCAGACUCCAAGGGCAUUUAAAUUAAAGGUACAGUGUUCUGCACUAAUAUUA